UCGAUGUUUCGGCCGACUAUUUCAGUCCACUUUGAGAGUUCUAGUUGACAGCAUACAUUUUCUGAAAUUACUGAAGAAUAAAUCCAAUUGUUUAAUUGAAAACUUUAAAACAUACACAAUGGCCUUCCAUUCGGUGGUAACGAUGGAGAAGCCGCUCCAGCACAUAUCGCUGACGGACUGGUACGCCCGGGUAAACCAGAUGCGCAAUGUGGCGGAUGCCCGGAGGUCAGACGCCUUCGCUAUGCGCCAUUCAUCCAGAUCGCUGAGAAACGAGACGAGGAUCGAGGGCGACUGGGCCAACUACGAGACCAAUGAAGCCCUGACAGAUCGUAUAUCAGAAUUGAAUCGCUGGAGGGAUAUAAUCUCAAAGUCCUUCGAGAGGAUCGAGCGCGAGAUCUUUAUGCUGCAGGAGGAGAAGAACGCCACGGAACGGGAGUUGGAGGCACUGGCGGGUCCGAUCUCCGUUAUAGCCGAAUGCCUCACCAUGAGGGAUGGUCGUCUUGGGUCGGAGAUCACCUACGACGAGGCCGAUACGGAGAUAAAGAACGAACUGGUCGUAUUGGAGAAUAACCAAAGGCUGCUAGCUGAUCGUUGCCAGAAGGCGUGGGAAAAGCUAAAUCGACUGGAGGAGGUGCGCUUCAAGAUCGGCCUGGAGAUCGAAUUUAAGGUGGAGGCGGUGCAGCUAGACAACUCUCAGUUGGCUCUCGAUCGCAACUCGGCGAAUAUCUCCUACAAGCCGGAUCCCACCAGGAACCCAAAGAAUUCCUGCUCCUACGAGACCUGGCUGGAGAACGUGAAGAAUAUUAAGCUGCUGGCGGAGAAUGAGCUUGCGGAUACGUACGCCAUCCGGGAGGCUUUGUUCGUGUGCCGCGAGAAGGCACGCAACAUGCUCCAGUCCCAACAGGAGCGGGCAGAGCACACCAUUCGCAAGCGUAUUUUCGAAACGCAGCGGGCCAGGAACGAACUGGAGUGGCAGCAGCUCAAGAUGAAGGACGAGAUGGAGAAGGCGAUGUGUGAGAUUCGCACCUCGGAGAAUGCACUACGGGACAAGACCGAUGCCCUGAAACUGGCUGAAACGCGGCUGGAGAACCGGGCCCAGAGGUCGGGAAUGGAACUGUGCAUGGACCAGGCGCACGACAUGCUCUGCCUGGAGGUGGAGAAGCUACGCGAGAUCCGACGACGCCUGCAGGCCAAGAUCGACGAAAGCAAGACCAACUUUAAUCUGCUAGAGGAGCACGGCAAGAGGAUCGACGUGGAUCUGGAGAACAAGCAGCACUCGCUGAUGACGGACAUCAGGGCUUUAGAUCUGCGUAUGCGCCUCCGAGGAGGGGAAUUUGGUACCAAGGUGACAGGCUCCUCCCAAACAGACAGGAACAUUACUCUCACACGCAUGGAGGAAGAGAUUCCCAAGGAUUAGACUGUCUUUUAAAAUAUCACUCAUUCAAUGCAUUUACCCUGACGUUCAUUGCUCGUUGUAAUUUUGUCCAAAUUUUGGUGAAUAAAUGCUAAAAUUCCAAA